CGUAUAAAAGGAAGGCCCUAGAUUCACGGGAUGAGCUCCGCCUUCUUUCUUUCCUCUUUUACGCUUCCUCUCCUCUUCAUCCAUUCCGCGCCUACUGAGAGCCAACUCAAUUCUAAGCUACCAGAUGUGUUUGGGGUUUGAUAGAUCUUGCUACUAGCGCACUUCUAUUGUAGCGUGCAGUUAUCUUGUCGACAGAUCCUGCUCGAUAUAUUGGAGAACCGGCCGGUGAGGAGGUGGACCGUGUGUGCGCCGGUGCUUGUGAACUACGGAGGUGGCGAUGCAGGAGGCCAAGGGGACACUUGGCUGCUUCUACUCCUCUCUAUGAUCUUGCCGACCGACGCUCUCUUGAAAGGAGGGAUUAUAGCUGAGAGGGCGGCGAGCUGCAUGAGAGAUCUGGUAGCUUCUUUAUUCUCAGCGGAGGUGUCGAGAAACGUAGGGAGGGACAGCGGGCUUGUUAUCCGGAGCAGGGGAAGAUGGGGCAAAUGUGGUUGAUUUCUUUGUAGAUCUGUACGUUUUUUGCUGUAUUUUGCUUCAGAUCUGUGACGGUUCUUUUGAAGGAGGGCAUUUUUAAUUUUAGGAGCUCACAAAGGAGGUGUUUUUGAGGCUUUAGGGAUCUGAGAUCUGCAACGACGGUCAAGAUGCAGCAGGAUCAGCGGAAGAAGAAUUCUCCAGAGAUGGACUUUUUCACAGAGUAUGGGGAUGCCAAUAGAUACAAAAUUCAGGAGGUUGUUGGGAAAGGAAGCUAUGGAGUUGUUUGCUCAGCCAUAGACACUCAUACCGGAGGAAAAGUGGCGAUCAAGAAGAUACAUGAUAUUUUUGAGCACAUCUCAGAUGCUGCCCGAAUUCUCCGUGAGAUAAAGCUUCUUAGGCUUCUUAGACACCCCGACAUUGUAGAGAUAAAGCACAUCAUGCUACCCCCUUCAAGAAGGGAUUUCAAAGAUAUCUAUGUUGUCUUUGAGCUUAUGGAGUCUGAUCUUCAUCAAGUCAUAAAGGCUAAUGAUGACUUGACAAAAGAGCAUUACCAGUUUUUUCUUUAUCAGCUGCUGCGUGCCCUGAAAUACAUUCAUACAGCUAAUGUUUAUCAUCGAGAUUUAAAGCCCAAGAACAUACUAGCAAAUGCAAACUGCAAGCUCAAAAUUUGCGACUUUGGAUUAGCAAGAGUUGCAUUCAGUGAUACCCCCACAACAAUUUUCUGGACGGAUUAUGUUGCGACAAGGUGGUAUAGGGCACCUGAGCUAUGUGGCUCAUUCUUUUCCAAGUAUACACCUGCCAUCGACAUUUGGGGCAUAGGUUGCAUUUUUGCUGAGGUUCUGACUGGGAAGCCUUUGUUUCCUGGAAAAAAUGUUGCUCAUCAAUUGGAUUUGAUGACUGAUGUUCUAGGCACACCUUCUUUGGAUACCAUUUCACGGGUACGAAAUGAGAAGGCAAGACGGUAUCUAAGCAGCAUGAGGAAAAAGCUGCCCAUACCUUUUUCACAGAAGUUUCCAAAUGCGGAUCCGUCUGCACUGAAACUCUUGGAAAGACUUCUAGCAUCUGAUCCUUACUUUAAAGGCUUGUCUAAAGUGGAGAGGGAGCCCUCCUGCCAACCAAUCACAAAAAUGGAGUUUGAAUUUGAGAGACGAAGAGUAACUAAAGAAGAUAUUAGGGAACUUAUCUUUCGUGAGAUAUUGGAAUAUCACCCUCAACUUCUCAAAGAUUACAUCAAUGGAACAGAGAGAACAAACUUCCUUUAUCCUAGUGCUGUUGAUCAAUUUAAAAGACAAUUUGCUCAUCUUGAAGAAAAUGGUGGUAAAAGUGCUCCUGUAAUUCCACUAGAGAGGAAUCAUGUUUCUCUUCCCAGAUCAUCAGUUGUCCACUCAACUACAAUACCUCCGGCGGAGCAAGGUAAUAAUCCUAGAGGAGCUGAGCGGAUUCCUGGACAUAUAGGAAGGGUUUCACCAGCACCUCAAAGGAUCCCAGUUGCGAAGCCGGGAAAAGUUGUUGGACCAGUAAUGCCGUUGGAGAAUGGAAGCAUAAAGGACCCAUACGAUCCUCGACGUCUGAUAAGGAAUGCAGUGCCUCCACUGCAACCUUGUCUUCCUCCGGCUUACUGUUUUCACAGAACUGCCAGUAAGUCAGCAAGCAAGAUGGGAGCCGAAGUUGAGGAUAAUGCACGCCACCCUCAGCCUUGCAUGCCCAGUAAGGUGGCUCCAGACAUCGCAAUAGACAUGAGAGCAUCUCCAUUCUUUCUGUUAGGCGCCAGUAAACCUGCACAGAGCGAGAGAACAAACGGCAUUGAUGCUAACAUACUUGAAGCAAAGCCCAUCCCAUAUGUUGGUAUUGCUGUCGCGGCCGCCUCCGUUGCCCACCGGAAGGUCGGCGCCUCCCAAUUUGGCAUGUCGGGGAUGUACUAGGUACCUGACAUUAGUGACUUCUGCUCUUCAUUUUUUUUCCCCUUCAUUGGUGGUUUGAGAACGAACUGCUACAUUUUAAAUGAGAGGAAUUGGAUGGGAAAUAGUUGGUCAGACAAUAAGGAGAUGGUACAGUUUGAAGGAUCUUGUAAAACAUAGUUCUAGUAAAACUAUUCAAUUCCAGUGAACUCAUAGAUAUUGCUCUUCAAAUAAUUUAUACGGACGAAAAAUGGUCGUUUGUGUUGCAUUUCA